AUGAAAAUUUGUCAACUAUUUAGGAAAGCAGGUAAAAUGAACUGGAAAAACUAGCCCAGAAAAUUACUCUCUCUAGGCUUCUCUAGUUAUAGUUUGCCUGAAAAGAAAUGGCUUCUUAAAGCAUUGUUCCAACUUAAAGACACGAAUGAUAUUUUGAAGAAAUAUUUAGACUCAGACUUUGUAGUUCGGUUGAAGAAUGAUUUAAAAUUUCCAAAUUAUUGAUAUCUUCGCAUCUUAAAGGAUUAGACACCUCAUUUGAAAGAAAGGAAUCUUUAAAAUUCUAAAAAGGACAUAAUAAUAAGUUUUAGGGAGGAAAAAGACUUCAAAGAAAGGGUGAAAAAUAAAUUAAUCAGAAAAUAACAGAAUCCGAAAAAGAUGAAUAAAAGAUAAAGGACUAUUUAGUUAAAGUCAACCAAAUGAC